CCGGGCAGGGACUCGGAGCGGCUGCUGCGGGCUGGGUGUGCGCCCGUCGGGGCUCAGAGCCGCUGGGGUUGGGAGCCCCAUGUAGCGCUGCCGCUGCCGGGACCCGCUCGGAGCCGCCCCUGCGGGGUCCGUGUCUGCGUCCGGGGGGUCUUUGCGCAUCAGGAAACGCGGAGCCCGGCGGGUACAAAGAGACGGAAUUGCGCGGGGCUGAAACGCAACCAGGCGGGAUUGUAGCGUGUGUUGGGAUUAGAGCGGUUGAGUCCUGAAGGAUGGAAAAGGUCUCCACGGUCAUCGACCCAUCGCACCCUGACCGCGUCCCGCCGCGCCACCUCCGCGGUUCAGAGGCGCCGUUGCGGCCGGGCGGCGCUUAACGAGCGCUCGGUCAUGGAGCUGCCGCGUGGGCAGCGCCCUCGGCUCCUCCCUGUGGCUGCAGUGCCCGGGCGGUGGGCUGGAGUCCCACCAUCGCGCGUGGGGCGGAGCUGACCGCGCUCCGAGCCGCGCUUUGCUCGCGCUGUGCCCUGUGAUGCCGUCGGUUCGCACGUGCUGGAGCGGAGCUGCUGCUCUUCGCCGCGUGUAGCGAUCGCUGCUGGGUUGUGCCCCAUGAGGGCAGAGCGGCGCCGCGCUCCUUCCCCCGCUGCUGUCCGGCUCCUCCUGCCGGAUGCGCUGGGGGUCGGUCGGGCAGCGGGACGAUCCGCCCAGGGCGGCUCCAACCUCCUCCCUCUGUCCUCAGCAAUGGAGCGUUGGCGUCAGCCCGAGCAGCAGGACGGCUCUGCUCACCUGGGUGAGAGAAACCGGCAUCCACCUGGUGCAGGUGAACGGGCAGCGGCGCUACGGCGGCCCCCCGCCAGGGUGGGUGGGCAGCGUGCCGCCCCCCGGCUCCGAGGUGUACAUCGCCAAACUGCCGCGGGACCUGUUUGAGGACACGCUCAUCCCGCUGUUCCAGAGCGUGGGGCAGCUCUACGAGUUCCGCCUCAUGUUGACCUUCAGCGGCCUCAACCGUGGCUUCGCCUACGCCAAGUACCGCGACCAGCACAGCGCAGGGAAGGCCAUCGCCGCCCUCAACAACUGGGAGGUGCAGCAGGGCCACGCCAUCCUGGUGUGCCGCAGCUUCGAGAAGUGCCAGCUGAGUGUGAGCAGGCUGCCCGGCACCAUGCGCCGCGCCGAGCUGGUUGCUGUGCUGAUGGAGGCCACCGAGGGGCUGCUGCACUUAAUGCUGCACACCGACCCCAGACGCAGGCAGGGCAAGGUGGCCGUGCUGACGUACAGCUCACACCACGCUGCUGCCAUGGCCAAGAAAGCCCUGCUGGAAGGGAACAUCGCCCUGUUCAAGAAGAAGGUGAAGGUGGAGUGGCUGAAGCCGGAUCUGAAGGAGCAGCUGCAGGAGCAUCAGGAGGAGCCGCCCCCCAGCAACAUGCAGCGCAUGGGCAGCCCCCAGCGGGUGCUGCCAUCCUUGGAGCCACAUGGAUCACUGUGCCGCCUGGGGGCUCUGUGCCAACGGCUGCACAUGGGGACCCCCCGCUUCUUCACCCGCUGUGAGCAGGCCAACUCCAGCGGCUGGCAGCGCUACUGGGGCCAGGUGGUGACCCCGUCCUGCUCCGUGCUCUGCAGCACCUUCCUGUUGGUGCCGGAGGACGCGCCGGGCACCGUGGGGCACGAGAAGAUGAAAGAGGCGGUGGCACAGCUGGCGCUGGCCAUGCUGGGGCACUGAGGGCGCACACGGGCACACUAUGAAAUGAACCCGAGCCUGACGUCACGCCGUGCAGCAGAGCUGGGCCCAGCCGGGCCAUGUUCCUGUUCAGCCUUGUUUUCAGUUUGUUGGAGUUUGUUUGAGGCCCAUCUGGAGGAUGCGGGUGCUGCCCCGUCUCCACUGGCGCUGGUUCUGUUGUGGGCAGCAGGUGUGCCCUGCCUGCUUCUGUGUUCUCCUGUUGAUGAAGUUUUGUGCUGCUGUGGUGCUGCAGGGCACUCAGGAGGAUGCGAGCUGGGGGGGCUGUGUUGGGCCCCAUUGUUUCUAUGGGGCAGCUGGGUGCCCUGGGUUGUCUGCAGGCACUGCCCGCAGCCUGGAGGCCUGUGGCCACUGCUGGCUAUUAAAGCAGCCUGGGAAGCA